CUCAGUAUAGCGCGCUCCGUCUGUCACCAUGCCGGCCCUGAGAGUGAGCAUCAUCGGAUCCGGGAACUGGGGUUCUGCUAUUGCAAAAAUCAUUGGCUGCAAUGUUCAGGGAUCAAACCGAUUCCAGCCGGUGGUUAAUAUGUGGGUAUUUGAGGAGGUAAUCGAAGGCCGGAAACUAACAGAGAUAAUCAACCAGGACCACGAGAAUGUCAAGUAUCUUCCUGGCCACAAGCUGCCACGGAAUGUGGUUGCCAUUCCAGAUUUGGUUAAAGCCACAGAAGGAGCAGAUAUUCUGGUGUUUGUUAUUCCCCAUCAAUUCAUUCACAGAAUCUGUGAUCAGCUGGCCGGACACCUCAAGUCAGGAGUUUAUGGGAUUUCUCUGAUCAAGGGUGUAGAUGAGGGGCCUGAUGGUUUGAAGUUGAUCUCAGACAUAAUCCGAGAGAAGCUCGGAAUCGAGAUCAGCGUCCUGAUGGGCGCGAACAUUGCUAGUGAAGUGGCGGACGAGAAGUUCUGCGAGACAACAAUUGGAUGUAAAAACCCACGUCACGGGCAAAUUUUCAAAGAAAUAUUCCAAACGCCUAAUUUCCGGGUCACGGUGGUGGAUGACUGCGAUACAGUGGAAAUCUGUGGGGCUCUGAAGAAUAUCGUUGCCGUAGGGGCUGGUUUCUGCGAUGGUCUGGAUUUUGGAGAUAACACCAAGGCUGCGGUGAUUCGACUCGGGCUCAUGGAAAUGGUGGCUUUUGCAAAGCUCUUUUGCAAGGGAUCUGUUUCAACCAACACUUUCCUGGAGAGCUGUGGUGUAGCUGACCUCAUCACCACCUGCUACGGAGGGCGCAACCGGAAAGUGGCAGAAGCAUUUGCCAAGACUGGGAAAUCUAUAGAAGAGCUGGAGAAGGAGAUGCUGAAUGGGCAGAAGUUGCAGGGCCCCCAGGCGUCGGCCGAGGUUUACAAAAUCCUGAAACAGAAGGAUCUGGUUGACAAGUUUCCCCUCUUUGUGGCCGUCUAUAAGAUUUGUUAUGAGCGCUCUCCAAUCCAGGCAUUCAUCUCCUGCCUACAGAAUCAUCCAGAACAUUACUAGCGCUAAGGAUUCUGGGUGACUUCAGCCAUGGCGCUCUCUCUUCAACACACAUUUUAAUAUGAUUUAAUUCUAGAUUUGCCAGCUUUCGGUUUCGAGAACAGCCGUAGAUUUUAGCGUUUGGUUUAGGAUAUAACCAUAUUGCCAUUCAGGGAAGUAUUUAAAUAGCUCUGCGAAGCGGUCGCUGAGCUCCCCCUUCACGAUAAUUAAUAUUAUAUGGACAAUGCUGAAUACGCGUUAUUAGUGAUGAGCUUGGAGGGUUAAUCAAUGCUGAAUACGCACAAGUUAUUGGUGAGGAGCUUAGAGGGUUAAUCAAUGCUGAAUCCACACAAGUUAUUGGUGAGGAGCUUAGAGGGUUAAUCAAUGCUGAAUCCACACAAGUUAUUGGUGAGGAGCUUAGAGGGUUAAUCAAUGCUGAAUACGCACAAGUUAUUGGUGAGGAGCUUAGAGGGUUGAUCAAUGCUGAAUACGCAAAAGUUAUUGGUGAGGAGCUUAGACGGUUAAUCAAUGCUGAAUACGCACAAGUUAUUGGUGAGGAGCUUAGAGGGUUAAUCAAUGCUGAAUCCACACAAGUUAUUGGUGAGGAGCUUAGAGGGUUGAUCAAUGCUGAAUACGCAAAAGUUAUUGGUGAGGAGCUUAGACGGUUAAUCAAUGCUGAAUACGCAAAAGUUAUUGGUGAGGAGCUUAGACGGUUAAUCAAUGCUGAAUACGCAAAAGUUAUUGGUGAGGAGCUUAGAGGGUUAAUCAAUGCUGAAUACGCAAAAGUUAUUGGUGAGGAGCUUAGACAGUUAAUCAAUGCUGAAUACGCACAAGUUAUUGGUGAGGAGCUUAGAGGGUUAAUCAAUGCUGAAUACGCACAAGUUAUUGGUGAGGAGCUUAGACGGUUAAUCAAUGUUGUAUUUUAUACGCUGGCAUACGCACAUGAUACAUUCUGCAUUCAAUGUGGGGAACUGAACUCAUGAUGUAAAACUGGUGUCUUGGUAAAGCAGGUGCUCUGUAACAGUGAUCUUGGCAUAGUAAGCUCACUGAUCAGACGGUAGAUACAGAGAAUGUGGGAGAUCAGACGGCAGCCACCAUCUUAGUUUUAAAGAUAGUAGAGUUGGCGGACGUGGCGCUAGGAAAAA